AUGUCUGUGUCUCUGUGGUGCGAGGAGGAGGAGGGCCAGAGCCAGGCCCAGGAGCAGGACUCGGCCAGGGGGGAGGCCACGCUCCGAGCCCACUGGGACCCCAGCGUGUCUGGGCAGCGUGUCGUCCAGAGACUGCUCCAGCUGGAGGAGAGGUACCUGCCUUCCCCCCUCUACAUCGCCCUCGUUCAGAGAGACCCCCAGCGCAGAGAGGAGCUUGCCAAGUGGGCCAUGGAGGUGUGCUGCGACUGCAGCCUGGACGAGGCGGUCUUCCCCCUGUGUGUCUCUCUGCUGGACCGCUAUCUCUCAGCCACCCUGUCGCUGCCCGUGUCUCCCUACUGCCUGGCUGCCGCCUGCGUCCUCAUCGCCUCCAAACUCACGGAGAGCCACAACGUCAGCGCCGACGCCCUCUGCGCCGCGGCGGACCACAGCUUCCUGCCGUCCAGCCUGCGGGAGAUGGAGCGAGUGGUUCUGGGGACCCUCCGCUGGGACACGGCAGCCGUCACCCCUCAGGACUUCAUGCCUCACUUCCUCCCCGCUUUCGAGCGGAGGACGGAAGGAGACACCGGGGCGUUGGUCUCCACGCUGCGUCGCCACGGUGACACCCUGGUUGCCAUGUGUGUGUGCGACUCCCGUUUCCUGGGAGCCCCUCCAUCCCUGCUGGCUGCCGCUGCUCUAGACUCCGCCCUCCGGGGGCUGGGUCACCGGGGAGCGGAGCGGACAGCUCACUCCACGCUGGCACGGCUCUGCCAGGCUGACGAGGUGGUUCUGCAGUGUUACAGUGAGCUGAUAGACGCUGCCCUCACACAGCGCCUGGGAAGCGGACCUCAGAGCAACAGAGAGGAGAAGGAGGGAGAGAUGGAAGAUGAGAGAGCAGGCACUCCAACUGAUAUGAGAGAGGUCGAUUUUUAA